GUAAUUAUGAAAUAAGGUAACGAGGAUUAAAAUUGGGCGAUAAAUGAGAGAGAGAGAGAGAGAGAGAGAGAGAGAAUUAAGGGUUGUUGUGUUAUUGGGUUGGAGAUCGAAAUCAACCGCGUGAAGAUGGAAAUGGAAAUUGAUUGAUUGAUUGAUUGAUUGAGGUUUUCUUUGUGAAUUCUGAAUCGAAAUCUCAUGGUCUGAUACUCUCUCUGAUCUGUACAAGUUUAGUGUGCAAUUCUGCUGCAACUGCAAUGUCAUCAUCGGCACCGCCUAAUGUCGAUCUCUUCGAUGCUUAUUUCCGCCGUGCUGAUUUGGAUCGAGAUGGCCGCAUCAGUGGUGCCGAAGCUGUCUCCUUCUUCCAAGGCUCCGGUUUGCCCAAGAACGUCCUCGCACAGAUUUGGGCAUUUGCAAACCAAAGCCAAAGUGGUUUCCUUGGUCGGGCAGAAUUCUACAAUGCCCUUAAACUUGUCACUGUGGCACAAAGCAAGCGAGAACUCACCCCUGAAAUGGUCAAAGCAGCAUUAUAUGGCCCAGCUGCAUCUAAGAUUCCUGCACCUCAAAUUAAUUUCACUGCCACUGCCACUGCCACUGCUGCACCCCCAUUAACUUCCCCCGCACCUACACCUACACCUACACCUACACCUGCACCACAGAGCGUCCCUGUAAACCAAAAUCUUGGACUUAGGGGGGCAGUCCCAAAUUCGAGUGGUAACCAGCAAAACAUUCCUUCUCAAAAUUUGAAUUUGCCUGCUUCUAAUCUUGCUCCCCGUGUUGUCACUCAAGGACUCUCUGGAGCCAUACCUGUUGGUGUAGUUCGCCCUGUGACCCCAAGUUAUGGCUCCACCGGCAAGACGGGCGGAGCUCCAGAUGGAAUGCCCUCUCAAAUUGCACCUAGAGGGAGUAGUCCCGGAUCAAUACCAGAGGGGUUUGGGCUUGCAACGUCUGGAUCAAAUGUUGCACUGGCACCUAGACAGUAUCCUGCCUCAGGCACAAAGCCAUCAGAUCAAGGGGUUAAGGAUUCUAAAUUAAAGGAUACUUCUGUGAAUGAGAUUUCUCCUGAUUCAUUGUUUGGAGGGGAUAUGUUCUCGGCUAGCUCAUUUAAGCCGAAGCAAGAUUCUUCUCUGCAGGGACUUUCUUCUGGUAGCUCUCCGCUUUCAUCAGCUAUUGUUCCUAUAUCUGGAGGGAGCCAGAACUCUAUCAGGAGUAGUACCUCUGAUUCUUUACAGAGCUCACUUGCGACUCAGCCUUUUGGUGCACAGCUUCACCAGGCCCAGCCACUGGUGAAACAGAACCAGCAUGCCCCAGUCCAGUCACCAAAUAUGCUGAAUUCAUCUGGACUUCCAGUGAGAUUGCAGGAUUCUGCUUCCAGUCAACCCCAACCCCCAUGGCCAAGGAUGACUCAGUCUGAUAUUCAGAAAUAUAUGAAAGUAUUCAUGGAAGUAGACACGGAUAGAGAUGGGAAAAUCACUGGGGAACAAGCACGAAACUUGUUUCUUAGUUGGAGAUUACCUAGAGAGGUUUUAAUGAAGGUCUGGGACUUAUCCGAUCAAGAUAAUGAUAGCAUGCUUUCUCUCAGGGAGUUCUGUAUAGCACUGUACCUAAUGGAGCGGCACAGGGAAGGACGUGUUCUUCCAGAAGUACUUCCAAGUAAUAUUGUGCUUGAUUUACCAACUACCGGUCAACCUGCCCCCCUUCACAGUGCUGUAACUUGGGGAAAUCCAUCAGGUUUUCAACAACAGCAAGGGGUGACUGGAUCUGGUGCUCGACAAGUGAACCCUACUGCAGGUCGCCCGCCAAGGCCGGCGGCUCCUGUCCCUCCGUCUGAUGAAGGUCCUCAGAACAAGCAGCAAAAGUCCAGAGUUCCAGUCUUGGAGAAGAACCUCAUUACUCAGCUGAGUUCAGAUGAACAAAAUUCAAUUAAUUCAAAGUUUCAAGAAGCAACAGAAGCUGAUAAGAAGGUGGAAGAACUUGAGAAAGAAAUUGUGGAGUCUAGAGAGAAAAUAGAAUUCUGUCGUGCAAAAAUGCAGGAGCUUGUUAUAUACAAGAGCAGAUGUGACAAUCGUCUUAACGAGAUCGUAGAAAGGAUAUCUGCUGAUAGGCGUGAGGUUGAGAUUCUAGGAAAGAAAUAUGAAGAUAAAUAUAAGCAAGUUGGAGAUUUAUCAUCCAGGUUGACUACUGAAGAAGCCACAUUUCGUGACAUACAGGAGAAAAAAAUUGAAUUGUAUCAAGCAAUUGUCAAGAUGGAACAGGGUGGAAAUGCCGAUGACACUCUACAGGCUCGUGCUGAUCGUAUCCAAUCAGAACUUGAUGAGCUGGUGAAAUCUCUGAAUGAGCGGUGCAAGAAGUAUGGAUUACGUGCAAAGCCCACAACAUUAGUGGAGCUACCCUUUGGCUGGCAACCUGGUAUCCAAGAAGCAGCUGCUGAUUGGGAUGAAGAUUGGGAUAAGCUUGAAGAUAAAGAGUUUGCUGUUGUCAAAGAACUCACUCUUGAUGUGAAAAACAUCAUAGCGCCUCCAAAACAAAAGUUGCCACCGGCUGUGAACAAGAAAGCUUUGGAUGUUGGCAGUCCAACAUUUGCAGCUUCACCCAAGAGUGAUGACAAGAAAGAUUUGGAUGUUGGCAGUCCAACGUUUGCAGCUUCACCCAAGAGUGACGAUAAGUCAGAAAAGCCUCAGACUACAAAUGAACAGGGAGUUAGCAAUGGAUCUGUUUAUAAUAAAAGUGAAGAUGGCUCUGCUAGAAGUGCUCCUAAUAGUCCAUUAGCAAGCAGUGCUGUUGGAAGCCCACACAGAGACCUUGGUGAUGCUGACAUUAGAAGGACUGCCGGUGAAGAUAGCUCACCCCAUUAUCAAGAUGCCAUACAUGAAACCCAAAGUGAUCGUGGUGAUGUCAAGUCUGUGUUUUCUGAGGACAAAUUUUUUGAUGAACCUAAUUGGGGAACCUUUGACACAAAUGAUGAUAUUGAUUCAGUUUGGGGAUUCAAUGCUAGUAGCAUCACCAACGAGGAGAGAGAUCUUGGCAGUGCAGGAGACAACUAUUUCUUUGGCUCUGGAGAACUGGGCCUGAACCCCAUUAAAACAGCUUCACCACGGGCUGGGGACUUCUUCCAGAAGAGCAGUGGAUUCAGUUUUGAUGAUUCUGUACCAAGCACUCCACUUUUCAGCUCAAGCAGCUCCCCUCAAAGGCCCAAAGAGUGGUUGGAAACUGCAUUUGACAACUUGUCAAGAUUUGAUUCUUUCCGAACACAUGAUAGUGUAUCUCUACCUGCGGGGGAGACACUAGCGCGAUUUGAUUCAAUUCGCAGCAGUGUGGAUUAUGAUCAUGGUCAUGGCUUUCCAGCUUUUGAUGACUCGGAUCCCUUUGGCUCUGGGCCGUUUAGGACUUCAUCAGAAAGUCAAACUCCAAGAAGAGGGUCUGAUAGUUGGAGUGCUUUUUAGUUUAGAAGUUCUACCAUUACAAUACAUACAUCAUUUCUGUCUUCAGGCCUUGGUGGAGUGGGUUGUGUGUCUUACUAUUUAGAACCUCCUGUAAUGUAUUCUUUGUAUUUAGCAUGUGUAUUCACUUUUCCUUUGCGGAGGAGUGCUGGGUUCUGUUCAACCUAGCAAUCCACUUCAAAGUUAAGGCCUGCCUGUAAUUUUGGCUUGUUGGUUGAUAAUUUUUAAAGAGAUCGUUGAAGAUAUCUCCACGUGGAGAGGAGAUUGUGAUAUUGAUGAAUGAUGACUAUCUGAUUUGAGUGUUGUUUAA